CUAAUCCAUAAUGCAUUAAGGUUUGUUCCGAAAGUGACUAAGCACGAUACAGAUGGUGCAGACUACAAACUCAUUUGAGUCGACUCUAGUUAAGGAAGAAUGUGUUAAUAAAUGAUAUCUGAUUCAUAGUUAAACAUUUUUCACCAACUCAAGUUAUUGGGACCAAUUGAUUUAUGAUGUCACCAUCAUCGAUAGUUUUAGUUUCCAUCUUCGUCAAUAAAGCGUAACGCGCGCCACGGCUGCCGUAGCUGUUUCACAGGCAAGGAGGUCACCUGCGGUGGGUUUUUUCAGUCCCGUGGUUUGCCCAUGCAAGAUCCCCGGCGCAUUCCCGGCGCUGUUGUUUAUUGUAUUGGUCUUGGGCCUCCUUACAUGGUCCGUUGUUCGGCCCAUAUAAUAUGACUCCUCCCGUCCCUUGCCUUCUUCCAGUCCUACUCGCCUGCGGCCUUCCCGUCGGAACGAUCUUGGGCCCCCACUUUCUCUCUUCAAAAUCAGCCCAUUUAAUUUUCAGUUACAAGUCCAUUCCCACUCCUUUGUUGCCACAAAUCUCCCAGGUCCCUGGUGGAUCUUUUUUUUAACUCGUUUGCUUGCCCUUAAUUGAUACUUGGCCCGAUCAAAUUAGGACUUCCAGCUCAAAAACGGGCCUUCUUGAAUCUUGAAGCAUUGAACUAAUACCAGGCUGCAAAUCCAGCAGUAAAAUGUCGAUCAUUUGUUUUUUUUUUCUCUCUUUAUAGACUUUUUUUUUGGGAUUGUUGAUUGUCCAAGGUACGAUUUUGAGCGAAUUCAAACUAAUUUGUACAAAGAAAGAUGGAAAGGAGAAAGCGAGAGAAUUAGCUAGCAAACUAAUCAAUUUUUCAGAGAAACGAGAGAGAACAAAUUUGUAACUGUUAAUGGUGUAUCAGAAACCGGCGGUGACUUCACAGAUCAUCUGCGCUCGUUUUGUUGCUUUUCAUACUCGUCACGUGACAUCAAAAUCAACCAUGUCCUCGUUAGAAAUGAUUUACCACGAUGAAUAGUGCGGACUAUGACUGUCAGAAAAGGAGAGCUUGUUCGAAGAGAAACAAAGUUGCAGAUCUCCCUUUCAUUAGCAUCUAAAAUAGUAAAACUUAUAUAGGUAUUUAGAAGAUUAAGCUGAGACGAAAUUUGAUGGAGUGUUGUGACAAUAUGCUUAAGAAUGCCGUUAAGUUUCCGUUACAACGGAAGGUAGGUAAAACCACGUCAUCGUAUGCGUCAACCCAAGAGCCUGGAGUUCACAAAACAUUGAUCUCCACCAUCCCCAAUAAUAGAGCGCCACCUUCCGUUCCGGAUUCUCCGUCGUCUCCGAGCUCCGUGGGCCCCAUUCUCCAAGAUUCUUUCGUCCUCCUUCCCUUCCCACACACUCGACAGAUCUUUUUUAUAAGCAGCUCCCCCAAUUCCCACUCUCAUCCACUUCACAAGCCACAUCCUCUCCCUCCUCUCCGCCUAUCCACUUCCUUCUCCGGCUGAGAUCAUGGCUCGCCCCGCCUUCAUCUCCUCGAUCCUCCUCCUCCUCUGCUGCGCCGCCGCCGCCGCAGCCUUCUUCGACGAUGACUCCAAUCCCAUCCGGAUGUUUCCCGAUCGUCUCAGCGACUUGGAAGCUUCUGUGGUCAACGCCGUCGGGAACGCUCGCGGGGCUCUUAAAUUCGCCCGUUUCGCUCACAGGCACGGGAAGAGUUAUGCGACGGAGGAAGAGAUCAGGCAGAGGUUCUCGAUUUUCAUGGAGAGUCGUCGUUUGGUCAGAUCCACCAACCGGAAGGGAUUGUCUUACAGGCUCGCCGUUAAUUAUUAUGCUGAUUGGACAUGGCAAGAGUUCCAAACGCAGAAGCUUGGAGCUGCACAGAACUGCUCUGCUACCAGGAGGGGUAAUUUCAUGAUCAGUGAUGCUGUCCUUCCGGAGAAGAAAGAUUGGAGGGAAGAUGGAAUAGUUAGCCCAGUUAAGAAUCAAGGUGGCUGUGGAUCUUGCUGGACUUUCAGCACCACCGGAGCUCUUGAAGCAGCUUAUGCUCAAGCAUUUGGGAAAGGGAUCUCUCUGUCUGAACAGCAGCUUGUGGAUUGUGCUGGAGCAUUUAAUAACUAUGGCUGCAAUGGUGGACUCCCAUCCCAAGCUUUCGAGUACAUCAAGUAUAACGGCGGUCUCGAGACCGAGGCAGCUUAUCCUUACACUGGAAAGAACGGUCUGUGCAAAUUCUCUGCCCAAAACAUUGGUGUCCAAGUGCUGAACUCCGUCAACAUCACCCUGGGGGCAGAAGAUGAGCUGAAGCAGGCAGUUGGGCUGGUUCGUCCAGUCAGUGUGGCGUUUCAAGUGAUCAACAGUUUCCGCUUGUACAAGGAUGGGGUUUUCACCAGCGACUCCUGUGGCAGUACUUCCAUGGAUGUGAACCAUGCGGUUCUGGCCGUGGGGUAUGGAGUUGAAGAUGGGGUACCUUACUGGCUCAUCAAGAACUCUUGGGGAGCAGAUUGGGGCGACAAUGGUUACUUCAAGAUGGAAAUGGGGAAGAACAUGUGUGGUGUUGCCACAUGCGCUUCAUAUCCGAUUGUUGCAUAAAUCCGAGCAGGAUCUCUCACCGGUUGAUGGUUUACUAGUAAGCUUCUUAGCAUUGUGGCUAUGUUGUAGCUAUGUAAGUUCCACGUUCUGUACAAAAUAAGAACCCAUAUUAUGCAGCAGGAAAGAACACUGGUGUAAAUCUUAUGUAUUAUUGGAUGGUUUCACGUCAUGAAACUGAAACCUUUGGAAGUAAAUGGAAUGGAUGAUGGUCAUCAUAUUUAGUAGUUUGUUUCUGUGUUCGAUCUGCCUGCCUUGCUCUCUCUAACCAUGAGCCUGGACGUGAGAAACCUGAGAUUUGGAUGAAUUUUCCAUUUGACGAGAUCAACGAAUAUAUACAACAAAUUGGGUUAACGGGUAGCUAAUUCCACUUGGUUGCUAAUCUAAACGUAUAAUCAUUGCUCGCAUUGUUUAUCCUAUCUUACUCUAUCAGCACUGUAGUGGAGUAAUUUAUAAGAGUUAUGAUAUCUCAUCGUUAGAAACAUAGAUUUGCAGUUCACAAAUACAUUAUUUUGAAAUAGUACGUCCACCAAACCCAUAAAAUUCAGCAAGUUCUUUCAAAUGAGCUUCAAUAGAAUAAUAAGUAGGCACGAUAGAAUAUACUGUUUUGUCUGGCCAAUUGGCCGGAUGAAUUUUAUUACCUUCCUCAUAAUUUGGUAGGUGUCCAUGUUAGCUUACAAUCUCGAUUGUUCGAUAUGUGUAUUAGUUAUAUUCAUAAAAAUGUUAUAAUGUGCAUCAAAACAACUAAGAAUAUUAGCGUAUGCAAAUAGUUAUGACAUCAUUUUUUAAGUUUAUUUUGACACCUAAUCAUUAGCCAACAAUUCUUAGUCAUUGUUGUAAAACUAUGAUACCUAUUUGUUAAAUUGAAGGGCACAACUCUAAUCUAAGCUAGGCCCAACAUGGGCUUGUAUUCGAAAUUCUAAACAUUUAAUCUAUCACUUGAAGUCUUAAACGUUGCAUAGUUCUUUAUACUAUGUUUGGGAAUAAGGGGUGCAAAUUCGACAUAGCUACAAGUUGAGGGGUAAAUUGCACGAGGGUGCAAAUGGAAGUGUAAAUUGUUAUUUACAUGAAAAGGUAGGGUAAUACAAAUAAAGUGAACAGUGAGUAAUUUAUAUAAUUAUAAAAUAGAUUUACCAAAUAAUAAAAUUUAUUACAAAAUAAUAAAAUAAAUAAUAUUAAAUAUAAUUUAAGAAAAUAAUAAUUACAUAAUGAUGCUAAAAUAAUAAUUGAUUAUAACAACUGUAAUGAUCGAUCGACCUCGAAGCUCGAAGCCAACUCAUAACUGGUCAUCCUACAUGGUUCUUGUGUAUAAUUUAACUUUAAAUUACAUAUGAUCAAACUUAGUCAAACACGUUCGAAUCUGUAAGUUUUAGCUAUUUAGUCAAGUAAUCUGAGUCAAACAAACCGUUCUUCGCUACAUUUUCCAUAAGCACUUCUUAUGAUCUUAUCUCUAAUUUCCUACGCAAAUUCGAGUCAACCAAGAGAUCUUGAUUUGACUAGACGAAGAUUGAUAAACUUGCUCUCGGAGUAUAAUGGUUAACAUAUCUACAUUAAUAAUAACUAUAACAAAAAAUUGAUAAUAUU